AUGCUCACUGGAGAACUCCCUACGACCAUCGGAGAUCUCACCAAUCUUGACGGGUUAUACCUAUCGGGGAACCAAUUCUCCGGUGAAAUUCCAAUUCAGCUUGCCAAGUUGUACAAUUUAGAAUAUUUGGACCUGUCAAGUAAUGAAUUGACAGGGAAAUUGCCUCCAUGGAUCGGAAACAUGACAAGCCUUGCCUUCUAA